UUAAUCAACUGUGUGUCAGAUCAACCCUGUCUGUUUAGUUUUCGCUUUGUGUUGUAGCUGUUUGUGAGAAAUCAAUCUAGACAAAUACCAAGAUAUAUUUUGAACAAAGUAUAGUGAAGUAAAACGUUAGGGACGUGCUCUUUGGAGCAGGGUGGUAGGACCGGGACUCAGGUGAUUACAGUCCUAUGCUGCACUAGUGUUCACUGUGACUGUCUUCCUCUGACAAUUAACUGAAGAAGACGUCAAUCCACUGGGCACAGACGUCAAUUCAACGUCUAUUCCACGUUGGUUCAACGUCAUUUCAUUGAAAUUAGGUGGAAAUAACAUUGAUUCAACCAGUGUGUGCCCAGUGGGAAGCCUCUAACACGAUGACACUCAAGAUAACCAUGCCGGGAAAACAAAGUGGGUCUACAUUCUCUCAGCUGAGACUCUUUCUUUGUUUCCUGAUGUAUUGCUGGGGUCUAGCUGAUCCAGUAUGUGGGUACUUCUUGAAAAACUGCACAAUCCGGGGGAACCUCUUUGACCCCUCUAACAUGAAAGUACUCUGUUAUAACAGGAAUCUUGAAGUCAUACCAAUAUAUAUUCCGCGGAAAGUAAUCAAUUUAGACUUGGCCAUGAAUAAGAUUUCCAAGAUUAAAAAGUUGGAUUUUAAAGGCCUAUCAAACCUAAAAAUUCUAAAUAUGUCCAGAAACCAGAUCUCUCAAGUGGACGAUGGGGCUCUUGGAUACCUAGAGGCUCUUCAGGAACUGGGUUUGGCUCAUAACAGACUCACAACCCUGUCAGACCAUUUGUUUCAGGGCCUGGUCAACCUCUCCCUGCUACAUCUGGACAACAACCUCAUUGCAACCAUCAGCUCCUCAUCCUUUCAGCCUCUCUCCAGUUUGAAGACAGUGAAUUUAACCAAUAACAACCUUUAUAAUAUGAAGGAUGUUCAGCCCAUCGUACAAUUACCACACUUACAUGAGCUGUACAUUGGGAGCAACAGAUUCACCUCUUUCCAGUCACAGGAAAUAUCAAACACUUCUAUAGAGCUGAGGCUGUUGGAUUUAUCCAGGAAUCCAUUGGGAAUCUUCAGGAUCACGGCAGAUGUUCUUCCUUACCUUGAGGUGAUAGACAUCGCCUACUGUGGCCAACUUGGACACAUGGAAUGGGAUGUCCUGGACAGGUCUUUUCUGAGAAACGUCAAUCGUCUCAACUUGAGCGGCAUUGAGAUGUCUUUCGAGAGGAUGGGUAUGGUACUGCAGACUGUCAACUCCUCCUUAGUCCAUCUGAGAUUGAAUGACCUCGUCAAUGGCUCAAGGCUCAAGAUCAAGGCUCUCACUGAUAUUGCCUGCCAUAUACCUACACUCAGCGUGCUCCGACUAGAAUAUAACAACAUAGGUAAUCUCUCUGAGGAAUUUCUGCAGUCAUGUAAACAUACGACAGAAGUGGACAUAUCAGAUACUGGUCUUACUCAGCUGUCUGACUUUUCAUUCAGAUCAAUAGAGCAAUUAAGUACUUUGAAACUGGGCCACAAUAGGCUUUCUUCUGUGCCAAAGGCCACAAGAAAUCUACCUAAACUGAAGAUCUUGGAUCUCAGCUUCAAUAUCAUCAAUAAACUAGGCUGCUCAGAUUUCUCCAAUCUUACAGGACUCACACAACUCUUUCUUUUCCACAAUCAAAUCCCCAACCUUCCGGGAUGUGUUUUCCAGGAUUUGAAAGAAUUAAGGCUCCUUAAACUGGGAUCAAACAAAAUCCUGACCUUGAAUGAUGCCUUCAUGAAUGGUUUGCACAAACUUCAGACUUUGAGUUUGGCAAGCAAUAAACUGAGCUCUAUCAGAAAAGGAGAGUUUAAAAGCUUAACAUCACUCAAUAAUCUGUUUUUAUUUGACAAUCAGAUUGCUAGUAUGGAAAAUGGAGCCUUUGAGGGAUUGGUCAACCUGACAGAUCUUCUACUGUGCUCAAAUAAGAUCACUCAAAUAGCCAUAAGAAAUACUGUGCUCACGGGACUCCCACUUUUAAAAAGUCUUGAUAUAUCCUGUAAUUACAUCACAUAUGUAAAUGAUGAUAAACUAAACCCUCCACCAUUCUCUCAUCUGACAUCUCUGGAGGACCUCAGGAUAUUUAGUCAGCGUCACAAGGGACUGUCUCAUCUACCUAUCAACUUCCUUGAAGGACUGAAAUCUUUAUUGUCAUUCCAAGCAGGGAGUCUUAAUAUUAAGGAGCUGCACCCAGACACAUUCAUUCACACACCCCAGUUGUGGUUCCUUGAUAUCAGUAAGAAUGAGUUCACAGCCAUCACUCUAAAGCUGUUUCACCCAAUCCCAAGACUCAACAGCCUGUACCUGUCCAAAGCCCGACUUCAGUCCUUAGAUUUCCUCAUAGGAGCAAACCUCAGUAGAGUCACUUUCUUGCAGGUGAGCAAGAACGACAUAACAGUAGUCAAUGAGACAGUGUUGCAUUCUCUCCCUGCCUUGACAUACCUGGACAUGCAAGAUAAUGCUUUCACCUGUGGCUGCAGCGAUGCUUGGUUUGUCCAUUGGAUGGAGAACGACAACCAAACACAAGUUGUUGGUGCAGGAGAAUUUACCUGCAACUAUCCUGCCGAUCUAAAGGACACCAAGCUGUUGGAUGUUGAGCUUCAGUUCUGUACAGUACACUUUGGACUUCACUGCUACAUCUCUACCACUACUCUGGUCCUCCUCACCCUGGUAGCAUCCUUUGCCUACCACUUCUUGAAAUGGCAGGUAGUUUAUGGCUAUUACCUCUUCCUGGCUUUCCUCUAUGACACCAAGCAAAGGAAUAAGCACACGCCUCAUGGCUGUCAAUACGAUGCCUUCAUCUCCUACAACGCCCACGAUGAGCCCUGGGUCCUGAGGGAGCUUCUGCCAGAGCUGGAGGGAGAGCAGGGCUGGAAGCUGUGUCUCCACCACCGGGACUUCCAGCCAGGAAAACCAAUCAUAGACAACAUUAUGGAAGGCAUCUACGGAAGCCGCAAGACCAUCUGUGUGAUCAGCCGCCGCUACCUGGAGAGUGAGUGGUGCUCCCGGGAGAUCCAGGUGGCCAGCUUCCGGCUCUUUGAUGAGCAGAAGGACGUCCUGAUUCUGGUGUUCCUGGAGGAGAUCCCUACCCACCAGCUGUCACCCUACCACCGGAUGAGGAAGCUGGUGAAGAGACGCACCUACUUGAGCUGGCCCAGAACUGGGGAGCAAACCGGGGUCUUCUGGCAGCAACUACGGCUGGCUUUAGAGACCAAGGACGGCUCUUCUGAGGAAAAUCCCAUCCUCUCUGGUGUGCAGGCUCUGUGAUAGUGAAACCUUGAUUUGAAACAACCAUCACACUCUGAACCUUCUGUACAAUUUGUACAAUUUCAGCCAGUAGUUUUAAAAGUGGUGCUCACGAGCCAAAAGUGGUCACUGUUUUUUGUGUAUUACGCCAUCUGAAGUGUUUUUUUACCUAUUCUUAUGAUAUGUUACGAAUUUAUUUCGUACUAUACGGUAUGUUACAAUUUUGCUGUGCUUAUCAUCCUGGAGUGCAUCUUUAAGAAGUUCCUAAGAGUAUUGAUGGGUCAAUCUAAGUAACAUAAUAAAAAAAAUCCCCAUCAAAGUCAGUUUAAGCUAUCAGGUUUUUUGCAUGAGCUGGUUCUCAGUCCGCUGCUUCCGACAAACUGGUCUCAGAGCAAUUCAUAUUAUUCUGUACAUAUAUCUUCGAGGCCAAAUUUAGUAUGAUAUGUUUAGUAUGGUAUGUAUUAAUACAAAACUUACAAUAUGUGACAAAUUUGCAAAACAUAAUAUAUGUUAUGAAAUCUAGCUAGGUGGCUAGGUGGUUAAUGUUAGCUAGCUUGCUAAUGUUAGCUAAUUCACUAAUGUUAGCUAGGCUAGGGGUUAGGGUUAGGGGUUAAGGUUGCCCACAUUUUGUUACGUUACAGCCUUAUUAUUAAUAAAUGUAUUUAAAAAAAAAUCCUCAUCAAUCUACACCCAUUACUCCAUAAUGACAAAGCAACAUUAGGUUUUUUGAAGGUUUUACCUAAAAAAACAGAAAUACCUUUUACGUAAGGAUUCAGACCCUUUGCUAUGAGACUCAAAAUUGAGCUCAGGUGCAUCCAGUUUCAAUUGAUCAUCCUUGAGAUGUUUCUACAACUUGACUGGAGUCCACAUGUGGUAAAUUCAAUUGAUUGGACAUGAUUUGGAAAGGCACACACCUGUCUAUAUAGGUCCCACAGUUGACAGUGCAUAUCAGAGCAAAAACCAAGCCAAGAGGUCAAAGGA